CACAAGAGCAUAUACAAAGUACGCUCUCAUCAACCCUCUCUGAUCACCACCUGCAUUACAAUCCCCUAGGCUCAUCAUCACAUUGCACAUUUGUCCUGAUGGAGAACUCUUACAUGCCUUUUCUCCCCACCACCUCCACAGCCACCAAUACCAUCCUGAGGCAACCAAACAUGGGUUGUUCUCAGAAUUCAGAGCUUUCAAUCUAUGAACCAAUGAAUUCCAAAAACUUCAGUUCCAAACCCAUAACAACAGCACCAAACUCUCAAUUCCAUCAUCCAACACAGUUUAUGGCACCUUACCAAAGCCUGCAACUCCCAUACAGACAUCCCAUAGAGCAGACUGAUCAUUCUUUAGCGUAUCCUUUCUUUCUGGGGCAGAAUGGAAUUGAAUUUGGUUCGAUUAUCGCUAGUAAUGGGGUGCAACACGGAUCAUGUUUCAUGCAAAGAGACGGGGUUUCGAAGGCAGAAGAGAGAAGGAUGCUGGAUCCUUACGGAUCAAAGGCUGCAAGGAUUAAGAGAAAGCUGGCCCGCCAAAGAAGCCUUAGUUUGCAAAGAAAUGCUUCUUCAGGGGCUACAGCUCUGGUGGAUAAAAGGAGACUGAACAGCUCUGGUGCUGACAAUGAUGUGAAUAUCAACAACGAUACCAAAAGGGAUCUAUACAUGUUCUGCACGCCAGAUAACAAGAGACUGAGAGUGUUGCUGAGGAAAGAGCUAAAGAACAGUGAUGUCGGGUCCCUUGGGAGAAUUGUCCUUCCAAAGAGAGAGGCGGAGCUAAAUCUUCCAACCCUUUGUGAUAAAGAAGGCAUCCAAGUAGUGCUAAAAGACGUAUACUCUCACCAAUCAUGGCCCCUCAAAUACAAGUUCUGGUCUAAUAAUAAGAGUAGAAUGUAUGUGCUUGAAAACACAGCGGAUUUUGUGAAGCAAAAUGGACUGGGAAUUGGAGAUUUCCUUACCCUUUACGAAGAUGAAGGCAAAAAUCUCUAUUUCUCCGUAAUAAAGGUGGAAAGGGUUGCUGCUGCAGAGCCUUCAAACAAUCAACCCUAUGAUUCUCAAAACAACUAUAUGGACAUGCCAUUUACAGGCCCACUUAGAGAUGAGGAAGAAACAUGUUUAGAGUUACUUAUAGAACAACUUAAACACACGGAACAUGAAGAAUCUAACGACCUUAUGACUUUGGCCAUGGAUGCUACUUAUUCGCAUGGCCCGCCUGCUGCCGAUCAAUCCCAACAUUUUGUAUCCGAUGCCAACGUAGAACUAACUGCAACCGAACUGCAAACCUCGUCGACAUCGUUGCGUGGUAAAGCGAGAAGUGUAGAUGAAAUUCAGAUCAACUUUGAUGACUGCUAUAGCGGUCUUGACAUGCUACCUGAUGUCAACCUUUACAAUUUUUUACUUUGACCAUGUCUGCAUCAAAAGAAUUGUAACUUGUUCAAGUCAAGUAGUAAUUUGUUCUUUGCUUUGCUUCUAUAGGUUCUUGGGGUAUAGGAGGGAUUUCAAAUUAUUUUAAAGAAACAAGGCAUUAUAUUGUUUCAUGUUGGAUGAUAUGAUAGAAGUAAACAAAGUAUACCAUGCCUUUUUUUUUGGCCUUUGUAAGUUUCAUACGUAGGUAGGUAAAUUUUGUUGGCAACAUUAUAACACCAAGUUGAAAAUGUGCGCUACAGUAAACACGGUUGUUCGUUAGGGGAUAAGAAUCCCCCGCUUUCCUAUUCACACUUUUUCAUCACUUUUAUCCAUGGCGAUAACCUCAGCUGCUGCAGCAGUCCCAGCACUGUCCUCCCUCGCCCAUCGAGCUCCAAUUCCUUCCAUUUCCUUCCUCUUCCCCGGCUCCACCAGACCCUUUUCUCUUUCCCGCUCAUUCCGCUCUUUUUCCCUCACUCCCCAAGCUAAAGCCUCAGACAUCGAAAUCUCCUUUUUCGACGACCUCAACCCCGAAGACGAAGCUGUCGCCUUUGACCCGCCAACACCCCCAGAAGGGUUCAUCCCUCCACCUGCUUUCGACGAUGGCCCCGAGGAAACCGAGGACGAAGUCGCCGCUGCCUAUGAGGAACUCUACGGCCCAGCCUACAGUGGGGUCUCCGUUCUAGGCAACGAUGUUUAUGUAAUGGACUCUAAAGUGAAGAAAACGAGUGCGUUUGGGAAAGUUACGAAAGAAAAGGUGAGGGAUGGGUUUGAGGAAAGAGUGGUUCAAGUUAGAAGAGUGACUAAAGUGGUUAAAGGUGGGAAACAACUUCAUUUCAGGGCCAUUGUUGUGGUUGGUGAUAAGCAAGGGCAAGUUGGGGUUGGAGUUGGGAAAGCUAAGGAAGUCAUUGCUGCCGUUCAGAAAUCGGCUGUGAAUGCUCGGAGGAA